CAGGGCGGCAGAUAGGAGUGGGCGCUCUUGGAAAUGGCGGGAACACUUGGCGCCAUCAGUUCGUGGGUACCUAUAAUCCCGGCUUUAUUCUUAUAUAACAAUAAUCGCUGUGCUUCACGAUCUUUAGUCUUCAAACCAGUCUGUUGGAAUCGUCCCUCUGUUUUCUCUACCUUUCCAAGAUCUCUUCUCACGAUGGCCCAAGCAGAUCAGAUUAACAACAGCCCUGAAAUCAAAGAGCCAUCCCCGAAAGUCCCAAAACUUGGUCAAAAUGGAGUACAUGAAGUUACCCAUUGUCCAGCCUCCCUCUUGAAAGUCAAAAAGCUUUCUGAAAAAGCUGUGUUGCCGUCAAGAGGCUCUCCUCUCGCCGCUGGCUACGAUCUGUCAAGUGCAACAGAUACCAAGGUGCCAGCCAGAGGAAAAGCGUUGAUUCCCACUGAUCUAAGCAUUGCUAUCCCUGAAGGAACAUAUGGCCGCGUUGCGCCAAGGUCUGGUUUGGCUUGGAAGCAUUCCAUCGAUGUUGGUGCUGGAGUGAUAGAUGCUGAUUACAGGGGACCCCUGGGGGUGAUUUUGUUCAACCAUUCUGAUGUUGAUUUUGAAGUGAAAGUGGGUGACAGAAUUGCCCAGUUGAUCAUUGAGAAGAUCAUGACACCUGAUGUUUUGGAAGUUGAUGAUUUGGAUUCUACUACUAGAGGUGCUGGGGGAUUUGGAUCCACUGGCGUUUAAAUCUCUGGGUUUUUUUCCCUAAUGUUAUAAUGGAUUAGCGUUAGGUUUAGGAUUAGGGGUUGUUUUAGAAGGUUAAGUUUGGGGGACUACUGCCUACUGGUGAAACAAAGCUUUGCUUUGUUUUGCUUAUCGGUUAUUUUGUCUUGUAAGAAACCCUGAAUGGGUCAAUGGUAGCAUCUGAAGCAGCAAUCGGCAGUAACUGAGCUCUAUCAUGGAUAUUUGCAUACUGUUCAACCUGUGCUAUUUUGUGGAUUUAUAUGGUUUAUUGCCUAUGAUAUAUUUGCUGUGCCGUUUAUCAUGA